AUGCCUCCAAAGGUGGUCGUUGCGCGGCACACCCCGACUGUGAGCGAGGACACUCUUACCGAUGCAGACAAAAUCAAUGAGAAGUCCUACUCCAAGGAAGCCGAAUCAUUACAUCUCGACCUCUCAAAAGAGAUCGAUGUGGAGGCACAGACCCAGACCACCCAGCGCAAACCCAAGGUGUUUGCAUCCACCCGAUAUGCCAUUCUCACACUAUACCGGCGUCUUUUCACGCUAGUCUUCUGCGCCAACGUUGCAAUGUUUGUGUACGUCAUGAGCACGGAACAAAAACUGCUAGCCCUGGUCAAUGCCACAGCUGCCAAUUUGCUCGCUUGCGGUUUGGCCCGCCAGCCACUGGUGGUCAAUGCCAUCUUCGUGAUAGUAUGCUCGAUGCCGCGCUCAGCGCCGCUUCUCCUCCGUCGGAUCGCCGCAAAGGUCUACCACUAUGGUGGUGUCCAUAGCGGCUGUGGAGUCGCUUCCCUCGUGUGGUACGUGGGAUUCGUGGGCGUGUUAUCCCACCAAUAUUGGAAGCCAUCAGCGGAUGGUCCGGAUAUCGGCGUUUCAGCAGCAUCAGUUGCAUUAGCUUAUGUCAUCUUGGUCCUGUUGUUGGCGAUCAUCGUGGUGGCCCACCCCGCCUUCCGGAUGAAACGGCAUGAUUAUUUCGAACUCACCCACCGUUUUUCGGGGUGGCUUGUCGUGGCCUUGUUUUUCGCCCUGUUGCUCGUCUUCUCGCGAGGCGCUAGUCAGUCCAUGGGCCAACCACUUGGAACAUUCCUGAUCGAACUGCCAGCCUUCUGGUUCUUGAUGCUCACGGUAGCAGCCAUUAUCCAGCCUUGGCUUUUCCUUCGAAAGGUCGCGGUACGGGCCGAGCCACUCUCGACCCACGCCACCCGUCUGCAUUUCGACCAUGCUGUUACCACUUUUGGAAAGGGCAUCCAACUAGCCAAGCACCCGCUUCGCGACUGGCAUAGUUUUGCAACUUUCCCAGAUCCUGCCCCCGCAGGUGUCCACGGCAACCCAAGCUUCUCUACCUUGAUAUCCAAAGCUGGAGACUGGACUGCAGAAACGAUCCAGAACCCGCCUACCCAUCUCUGGAAGCGCGGCGUGUUGAUCUAUGGCUUUGCAUAUGCCAUGCGUGUUUUCCGGAGAGUGAUAGUCGUCACUACCGGAUCGGGAAUCGGACCCUGUCUGUCAUUCCUCGGUGAUGAUAACCGACCCGCACUGCGUGUGCUCUGGCAAACUCGUGCCCCUCGGAAUACCUAUGGUGACGGGGUGAUGCAUCUGGUCCACAAGAUGGAUUCAGCCCCCAUCAUCCUAGACACCGACAAGUGCGGGCGUAUGGACAUGGUGCCCAUCAUCUUGCGGCAGAUCAAGGACUUCCAAGCUGAAGCGGUGUGCGUGAUCAGUAACCCUGUGCUGACGGCGCGAAUUGUCUAUGAGCUUGAAUGUCGAGGGACCCCGGCAUUUGGCCCGAUUUUCGAUUCCUGA